AUGUCAGAGGAAGUUACGAAUAUUUCUAACUCCUCGUCACACAGACCGUCUCAAGCUGCUAAUCAGAAACCACGUAAAGACAAAAGUGGUUUGAAAAAGGCAGCAACGGACAGAAUAUCCAAAAACAAAAUACGGAGAGAGAAAACUAAUCCCAAGCACAAGACGUCGAAGGGGAUUAAAAAACAACAGCAAGACAUCAUUGAUGCUGAAUCGCCCUUCCAUCCGGCGUUCCAGAGUUGUCGAUCUGUAGACGAGUUCCAAUACCUCUACAAAAUCGACGAAGGAUCAUUCGGAGUUAUACAUGGAGCCAAGGACAAACGGACGGGAGAACUCGUUGCCCUCAAACAACUAAAAAAAAUCAACGAAAGGGAAGGAUACUCCAUCGCCGCUCGGAGAGAGCUUGAGAUAUUACAUAAAAUGCAGCAUCCUAAUAUCGUCGCAAGCCGCGGACUAGCGUCAAGUUCCAGGAACGACCGAGUGUAUAUAGUCAUGGAGCUCGUUGACUACGACCUUAAAACUUUCAUGCAAACAAUGCACAGCAACAAACAGUUGUUCUCAGUUGAACACGUGAAAUGCUUAAUGAAGCAACUGUUGAGGGCGGUGCAACACCUUCAUGACCAUCACGUGAUGCAUCGCGACCUCAAAACAAGUAAUAUCUUGCUGUCGAACGAAGGUGUCCUGAAAGUGGCCGAUUUCGGGAUGGCCCGAGAAUAUGAACUUAAUCCUCGGCUAUAUACGCCAGCUGUAAUGACACGCUGGUACCGGGCACCUGAAAUACUGCUGCUGCUGAAAGAAUACUCCUACCCUGUCGACAUAUGGAGUAUUGGGUGCAUCUUCGCUGAAUUAGUUACCUUGCGGCCACUGUUUCCCGGCUCAUCUGAAUUGGAUCAGAUGACCAAGAUAUUCAAGACUUUGGGGACGCCCUCAGAUUCAAUUUGGCCGGGUUUCAGCGAAUUACGAAUGGUCAAAAAUAUUAUGUUCGACAAAUAUCCUCCGGGCGGGUUAAGAAAAAAAAUAAGUCAGGAUCUGCUUUCAGAAGACGGGCUGUCUUUACUGCAAUGCCUUUUGACAUUUGAUCCAUCAAAAAGGAUCACAGCAGCUGCUGCUUUAGUGCAUGCGUAUUUCGAGGAGCAGCCGGUGGCGGUGGAGCCGGCCAUGUUCCUGACUUUGCCCGCUCGCGGCGCUGUCAGGCCCGGGUAA